UCUCUGAAGUAUUACUGUUAGAGAGACAGGAAGCAACUUCUCACUUGACUGAUGACAUUUUGAGCUGUCUCCAGCCUCUGGGUGUGAAUUCCGGAACAAUGCAGACCUUGGCCCUGUGGGUGCUCCCUCUACUGUGCAGUUUCAGCCUGGCAGUCCUGCCAGCAAAGCCCGAGAACAUUUCCUGCAUUUUAUACUUUGGCAGAAAUUUGACUUGCACUUGGAGUCCAGGGGAGGAAAUGGGUGACACCAACUACACCGUGAGGAUGACUUACUCCUUUGGGAAAAACAGUUACACUGCUUACACUACAAAGGCAUCGUAUUCUUUUUUUCCCUCCGUGUGUUUUCCCCCCGAUAACUGCAGUAUUGAAGUAGAAGCUCAAAAUGGAGAUGGGAAAGUGAAAUCUGACGUCACAAGCUGGUACUUGGACCACAUAGUGAAAACUGAGCCACCUCUAAUUUUAAGUGUGAAUCCAAUUUCGAAUAAAAUGUUCCAGAUACGGUGGAAACCCUGGGAAAGGUUUCGUUUGUAUCAACUAAGGUGCACACUUCGAUUUAGGACUGUCAACAGUACCCACUGGACAGAAGUUGAUUUCGAGGAUCACGACUUGGUCUACAACCUCACAGGGCUUCAGGCUUUCACGGAAUAUGUCAUAGCUCUACGAUUCAGAACCAGCGAGUCAAGAUUUUGGAGCAACUGGAGCAAAGAAAAAACUGGGAUGACUAUGGAGGAAGUUCCACAUAUCCUGGACCUGUGGAGAGUCCUGGGACCGGCAGAUGUGAACGGAGUGAGGAAGGUGCUAUUGCUGUGGAAGAAGGCUAAAGGAGCCCCAGUCUUGGAGAGAACAUUUGGCUACAACAUACAGUACUUUCCAGAAAAUAGCACCAACCUCACAGAGAUAAACGUCACUAAGCAGUGGUAUGAACUACUUCUGACGGGCCAGACACACUGUGUGUCUGUGACUUCUUUUAAUUCUCUUGGGAAGUCCCAAGAGGCCACCCUGAGGAUCCCAGCUGCUCAUGAGGAGACCAUCGAGUGCAUCGAAAGCAUGCAGGCCUACCUUGCUGAGCCCCUGCUGGUGCUGGAGUGGGAGAGCUCCAUCCCAGAGGUGGACACUUGGAUGGUGGAGUGGCUCCCAGAAACCGCGGAGGCAAAGCUCUCCGCCCUUUCCUGGGAAUCCGUGUCUCAGGCCACAAACUGGACCAUUGAGCAAGAUGAAUUACAGCCUUUCAUAUGCUAUAAUAUAUCAGUGUAUCCAGUGUUGGGACAACACGUGGGGCAGCCAUAUACAAUCCAAGCUUAUGCCAAAGAAAAAGCUCCAUCAAGAGGUCCUGAGACCAGGGUGGAGAACAUCGGUCUGAAGUCAGCCACAAUCGUAUGGCAAGAGAUUCCCAAGAGUAGUAGAAAUGGAUUUAUCAACAACUACACUGUAUUUUACCAAGCUGAAGGUGGAAAAGAAUUCUCAAAGACAGUGAACUCCCAUGUCCUGCAGUAUGACCUGGAGCUCCUGACACGAAGGACCUCAUAUACUGUUUGGGUUGUGGCCAACACUGGAGCUGGGGGAACCCGUGGGGAGACAAUAAACUUCAGGACCUCAUCAAUCAGUGUCCUGGAAAUUAUCCUCCUAACAUCUCUGAUUGGAGGAGGCCUUCUUCUGCUUAGCAUCUUCACAGUGACUUCGGGUCUCAAAAAGCCAAACAGGUUGACUCAUCUGUGUUGUCCUGAUGUUCCCAACCCUGCUGAAAGCAGUUUAGCUACCUGGAUCGGGGAUGAUUUCAAGGGGAGGUCAAGUCCGAAGGAGUCUGAAAACUCUGGGAACACGGAAGACAGGGCCUUAAAACCACAUUCUGUCCCCGCUGACCUCAUUGACAAGCUGGUGGUAAACUUCGAGAAUUUUCUGGAAGUCAUUUCCACAGAGGAAGCUAGAAAAGGUCAGGAGAGCAUUUUGGGAGGAGAGGCGAAUGAGUAUGUGACCUCUCCGUCUAGGCCUGACUGUCCCCCCGGGGAAAGUUUUAAGGAGUCCCCAGUUUUAACUGAGGUUGCUCCUGGAGACUCCCACAGCCAGUGUUUGGGAAUGACAGAAGAGACAUACACAGAAUUCAAUGAGCAGCCUCUGUCUUCCGACCAGAGUCCGGAACCAGAGUCUCUCUGUGAGGAGCCUGCUCCGAAUCCAUAUCUGAAGAAUUCAGUGACGACCAGGGAGUUUCUGGUGCAUGAAAACAUCCCAGAGCAUACCAAGAGAGAAAUCUGAGUGCCACUGUGAUGUGAGGCCCUCUGCGACUGAAUGGAUCCCUUCCCUAGAAAAGACACUGAGACUUCCAGAAGCCCUGUUUGGCCCCUCCCCGUUCAUUCUGCUGCUAAGCUGCCUGGAAUUUGGUGACACAGAUAUCAACUGGUGCCGGGAAGAAGGGAGUCCUCUACAGGGAAAAGUAGUGACUUUCUUCUGAGCACUCUCACCCAGGCCCCUUGAGAUGAUGACUUCCAGAGAAGGACCCAGCUUUGGAGCAGGGACCCCUGAGAUGAACUUGUCUAGUCUUAUUCCCAGGAACCAAGUUGCCCCUGCCAUUGCCAAAGCCGCCCUCAAGGUUCCGGGACAGUUGUUUCCUUGGUACCUGAUUCUGUUGGGAACUUGAUCUCCACCUUCCCCACUCUGUCCCUGAGCGAUUUCUCAGAAGCCAGGAAGUAGAGUGGAUUCCUAAAAGUU